UUAAUGCUCAUCACCGGGGGCCCUUUAGCCUACCCAACACUGCAUAUAUAAACCAGGCCCCUUCAUUCAUUCACUCAUUCCCAUCAAUUGUAAACAAAAAUAGGUAAUUGCUAAUACUUCUUGUUGAUCAUUAAUUCAAAUGGAGCAUAGAGAAGAAGAUGUUAGAGUGGGUGCUAACAAAUACUCAGAUAGGCAAGCAAUUGGUAUAGCAGCACAAACUCAAGACAAGGAUUACAAGGAACCACCACCAGCUCCCCUGUUUGAGCCAGGGGAGUUGAUGUCAUGGUCCUUUUAUCGUGCUGGCAUUGCUGAGUUUGUGGCAACUUUCCUUUUCCUUUAUAUCACUGUUUUAACUGUCAUGGGUGUGUCCAAAUCCGAAUCCAAAUGUUCAACUGUUGGAAUUCAAGGCAUUGCUUGGGCUUUUGGUGGCAUGAUCUUUGCCUUAGUCUAUUGUACUGCCGGCAUUUCUGGUGGACACAUUAACCCGGCAGUGACAUUCGGGUUGUUCUUGGCGCGAAAAUUGUCGUUGACAAGGGCAGUGUUCUACAUGGUGAUGCAAUGCCUUGGAGCCAUCUGUGGUGCUGGUGUUGUCAAAGGUUUCGGGAAGGCACUUUACGAAACUCAGGGUGGUGGAGCCAAUGUUGUAGCUCUUGGUUACACCAAGGGAUCAGGCUUGGGUGCUGAAAUAAUCGGCACCUUUGUUCUUGUCUACACUGUUUUCUCUGCCACUGAUGUUAAACGUAGUGCCCGAGAUUCUCAUGUCCCUAUGUUGGCACCAUUGCCUAUUGGAUUUGCGGUGUUCCUAGUGCACUUGGCUACAAUUCCCAUCACUGGAACUGGUAUUAACCCAGCUAGGAGUCUUGGAGCAGCCAUCAUCUAUAACAAGGAACCCGCAUGGAAUGACCACUGGAUAUUCUGGGUUGGACCAUUCAUUGGGGCAGCUCUAGCAGCUAUAUACCACCAAGUUGUAAUCAGGGCAAUGCCAUUCAAGUCCAAGUGAAGUUUCUGAAUUGAGUCAUUUUGAUCACACAAUUUCUCAAGCUUAUUGUUUGGUGGCCGUUGUAAUCAUGAAGAUCAAAAAGCCUCAAAUCUACCCAUUUUCCUUUGUUUCCUUUUUGUCUUUUGUUUUAUGUAUUUACAAGUUAUGUAAGUAGGGGAAUGUAUGUGAUUGCAGCAUAUGGACUUUUGCUUUUCAUUCAAAGUCCAUAAAAAAACUUGCCGAUGGGCCCAAUAAAAAGUGCGUUGGCUUUUGCUCA